GGCAGCGGAGUGUAAGGUGCUGGGAAAGAUGCAAGAUAGAGUUAUGGCAGAGGAACAAUCCUUCUAUGAAGGCAAGAUCGCAAAGGAUCUACUGACUAAGGAGAUUGAUCUGGUGGACAGAGACCCCAAGCGGAUUAAUGACUCUGUGAUUAAGGUGGAUUUUGAAGAUGUGAUUGCAGAGCCACAAGGAACACACAGCUUCGAUGGCGUAUGGAAAGCCAGUUAUACCACUUUCACCGUAACCAAGUUCUGGUGCUACCGCAUCUUGUCUGCUGCCAUUGGCAUUCCUCUCUCCAUUGUUUGGGGUUUUAUCUUCGCUCUCAUUUCCUUUUGCCAUAUCUGGGCAGUUGUGCCUUGCAUCAAGAGUUACCAAAUAGAGACUCACUGUUUGGGAAGGAUAUUCUCCCUUUGCACCCAUACCUUCUGUGAUCCUCUCUUUGAGGCCUUGGGCAAAAUCUUUAGCUCCAUUAAAGUGACUCUGCAGAAGAACAUGUAAUGCUCAGAUACCCUCUUCAUCAACCACAUCAUCCAUGUUAAACAUUUUUGGAAGUGAUCCAUUACACCACUGUAAUAUCAAUGGGAUAUUUGCCAUGGAAAAGAUGGCGUUUUUUAAAAAAUGUAUUCGCACAAACCAGUGUCUUGGAAUGUAAUGCUAAGAAAUUAAUCUCAUAAUGAUUGUUUUGGUUAUUUCACCAUCAUUUUAAAACAGCAUAUGGCAGAAGACUUCUUAUCCAACCGUUGGUCAGUGGCUCUACCUGUAACCUCCUGAUCAAUUUGCCCAAAUGAAUAAGAGUUCUGCACACUCACACUAUAUGGGGAAAUACAGAGCAAUAUCUGCCAGCUUUUCCAACAAGUGCCUUUCAAUGUAGUUGAAUACAUCUCAAAGUUUUUGGCUAAUGGACGCAACAGAGACACAGUUCUGAGUGUGAGUUACCUGGUCUGAAUCAACAGUGAAUGGUGGUGCCAUGGCCUCAUCACUCAGCUUACUGGAGACUGCACCGAGGUUAUGGCUUGAGAACAAGUGGAAAUCACCAUUCCAUUGAUUGGAUAGGAUAGCACCCCAUAAUUCUCUAGUUACUUGGUGGUUCUAGUCACUGAUAUGGCUUCAGUCAUGUGCAUUUGAAACAGAGCACCAUUUGUAAACAUUGUUUAGUGACAGAAUAAGUUUAUCAGCCAACAAAGAAAUGGCACUGCUGGUUUCCUUAGAAACUCUGCCCUAGUUGGUCACUGGAGAAACAUGUUUUUUUUACCUAAGCUCCUAUCCUGAGCUCAGUUUAAACGUUACAGCGCUCAAUCCAAGGAUGACUUUUCAUCAAAGUAUAUUCUGCCUGUGUAAGCCUGCAUUCUUUAUUGUGUGAACUUUAGAGCGUGCAUGUGCUGUUUGCAUACAUAAAUGUCACUGAAGAUGCAUAAGAGGGAAAAUGGCCACCGGGCAAAAGCUGCUAUUUGUUUUAGGAAAAUGUGAUGGUGCUGGCAAACUGAGGGAUAUAUGUGGUACAAAUGAUGCGGUGUGGGUGGGGGAGACGUGCCCAACUAAUAUACAGUACAUGGUGGGAAAAUGUAGGGUUUACAUGUCAGGCCAAACUAUAGGUGAAAUCUAUAGUACAGUGCAUAUUGGGUAAUGGGAAGAGAUAAUUUAACGUGAUAUAGUAACAUAGUAAGUUAGGUUGAAAAAAGAAGUACGUCCAUCACGUUCAACCAUAAUGCCUAAUUUCUAUAUACAGGCACAAAGGCUGAAUAAAAAGCUAAUAAUACUUAUGGAGCAGUUAUAACUAAAACAGAAAGACUAGGUAUGUCAAGAAAAGAUUAGAAGGGAUGUUAUGCUGAAAAAGCUGGUAGGGAUCUUAGUGGGCUAAGAACAUUCCUGUGGUUUAAAGAGAUGUUAAUAUAUUUAGGACUAUGGCAGACAGGAUGGAUGGCAAGUGCUUAAAAGUGUCAGUGCCGGUGCUUCUCAGACUGUUAUGUUAAAAUAUACAUUGUAGUAGAAAAAAACCCGCAUCAGCCAUUUAACUCUAUGAGAGAGAGAUAAGAGGGGGUAGAACUGGGCUGUCACCAAAACAUUUGAGUUCUACCCAAUGUGCCUGAGCCUUAGAAGAAAGAAGACCAUGAAUAUUGCCUUCAGUUUCCAUCUCUGGAUCAGUUCUUCUGUAUCUCUAGCUUGUAUGGUGCUUGGCAGUUAUUCGUUAUUUGCACUGCAUCAGAUAAAUCUGUGAAAAAGCAAACAGAACAGACUGCAGGGCAGGAACAGGCUAGAGAUAUUCUGUUACCAAAGCAAGCUGACAAAUACUCUGGAACACAAACGCUACCCAACUGCCAAGCGCUCCCACUCAUUCUUCCAAGUAGCUGUGUUUCCCUCAUAUAAAUAUCAAUAUCGUAACACAUGGGAUUUGGUGUUAACAGUCACGGUAUCAAAUAAACUGCUAUUAACACUCUUA